UUUGUCAGUGCGGUGAUGAUACUAUACAGUACUUUCCAUGUGCUGCUGGACAGCUGGUGAAUAUUACCCAUUUUGAUCCUCAAAAUCAAGUUACCCAGAUACAAAACACCUGCGCUGCAGCAGCAAAUAUAACAGCAGGCGACAUUGGUGCUUGGGGUGUCUUCAAUACAAAUUCCAUCUGGCUCUCCUGUCCGGUAAUAGAUCCUGCCUUUACUUAUAAGGAACCAAUGUGGAUCUCCGUUUGGUCUCUUAUGGGUGCUGAAGCAGCCAUACUGAUCUUGUGGGCUAUUUACAAGUACUUGAGAGAAAUGAAGUUCCGUAAUGCUAUGGCAGCUAGAAUGAAGUCAGAAAAGAUAGCCUCCAACAAUCAAGAGGAUGAAGUAGAUGAAACUGAUUUCAAAAAGGAAAUUAUGAAAGUAGACGAGAAAAAGCCUGCAUCUGCCGCCAGUACAUCUGAUGCUGAUUCCCUUAAAGAAUCAGAAAAGCUAAAGUUUAGAGGAUACAAGAAUGAUUUCUUUGGUUAUUUUGCUUUUGGAUCUGUUGUGAUUACGACUCUACUAUUCUUUGUCUUUUUGGGUGUUCUUGUCGGUGACUAUUAUGGCACUGUCACUGGUGUUGCCCUUCAAGUGUUUUUAUCGUCUGAUCUUUCAUCCAAGAUCUUUGCUGCUGUAUGGCAUAUUUCUGCAGCAUGGUUCUGUGUUAUCAUGUUUAGUAGAAAAACUAUUAGAAAUUACUUUAGAAUCGAAUCAUACCCUCAUAAAUGCCCUUAUGUUCAAGUUGAGCGCAAGCAGGAAGAACUUAUCUUUUUGGACGAUGGUAGCAAAUGGCUUGCCAAAUUACGAAGCAUUGAACAAAAAGUCUAUAAACAUUUUGGUUUGGACAUUUUGGUCACUACCUGUACUAUUAGAACAAAAAAUAGCUUGCGUUAUUUUGAAUACCAAUGUAUGAGAUAUAUUUACAACUCUGAAAAAUCCCGAUUUGAGCCCUAUGAAUAUGACCUUGGCUCUACCAACAAGAAACUUCAGUCAUGGUCUAACGGGAUCAGUUCUCAAGAAGCGGAAAACAGACUCUCUAUGCUUGGCCCCAAUAUCAUUCAAGUGUAUGUACCUUCAAUCCUUAUGGCCAUCAUUCAAGAAUUCUCCUCAUUUUUAUACCUUUAUCAAAUGAUGUGUAUGUGGGUUUGGUAUUACUUCCAAUACUACAAGAUGGGUCUAGUGCAGACCUGUAUCAUUCUCUUUUCUGCUUUUAUUCGUAUUUUCUUACGUUUGAGAGCAGACCACCGUAUCAAAGAUAUGGCUGAACACGUAACUGAUGUUACCGUACUACGUGAUGGUCAAUGGAUAGAUACUUCCAGCGCCAAUCUUGUCCCUGGAGAUAUCUUUGAAGUCAAGGAAAACACUCUUGUUCCUACCGAUGCUGUCAUUCUUUCUGGUACAGUCGUAGUGAACGAAUCUUCUCUUACUGGUGAAGCUAUGCCCAUUAGAAAGUUUGCGAUACCCAGUGACGACAAUAUCUACGAAAUGAACGGCUCCGGCAAAGUAAACACUUUGUUUGCAGGUACCAUCGUAUCUCAAGCAACGCCUGCAAUCAACACCUCCGAAGAAAAAAAUCGUGUUUUUGCAUUGACACUUCGUACUGGUAUUGCUACCGAGAAAGGCAUGCUCAUUCACAAGAUUUUAUUCCCAGCACCUGUGUCCUUUAUCUUUAAUGAGCACAUUAAGGUUGCUAUCUCCAUUCUCUUGGUCUGGGGUCUUGUUGCCUUUUGUCUAUCGCUUUACUUGAUGGGCCGUGGUAACAUCACUAGUUGGUUCUACGGUGUCUUUGUAAUGUCUGAAAUCUUCUCACCUCUCUUACCUGCCGCAUUCACAAUUAACCAAUCCGUAUGUGCUGCUCGUCUUCGUAGCAAGAAAAUUCUCUGUAUUGAUCUUCCUCGUAUCAAUCUGUCUGGUAAAGUUCGUAUCUUCUGCUUUGACAAGACUGGUACUCUUACUCGCGAAGGUUUGGAAUUCUAUGGUGGUGUUCCUAGUCCUGUAGAAAAGGCUACUUCAUUUGGUGAUCGCCAAGAAGAUCCUUUAACAAUGGAGCCCCUCUUAGCCAUGGGUAUCGCUACUUGCCACGCUGUAACUCAAGUGAAGGACCAAUUUAUUGGUAACCCUGUUGACAUUGAAUCUUUCAAUUCUAUGAAAUGGAAGCUACUACCACCCGCUGAACCCGAGUACCUUGAUACCCUUGUGGCUCCAUCUGCUUCUCCAGAAAAAGAAGGUAAACAAGUGCAUGUCAUUCGCCGUUUCGAAUUUGUACACGCCCGUGCUUCUCAAUCAGUGGCUGUCCUCGACCCUGAAACAAAUCAAGUUCAUGUAUUCUUGAAAGGCUCCUUUGAGCGCAUCAAGCACUUAUCUAAUGCUGAUUCGCUUCCUACUGACUAUGAUCAAGAAGCAGCCAAACAUGCUCAAGUAGGUUGCUACGUUCUUGCUUUGGCCCAUCGUACUCUUGGCACCUUAAACGUCGAUGUCACAAUGGAGCAGAUCAAGUCCAUGACGCGUGACGAACUUGAACAGGGCUGUAAUUUUACUGGAUUUGUUCUUUUCCGUAAUAUGCUCAAACAUGAUACUACAGAUGCAAUUGCCGAAUUGAAGAGUGGCGACACGCGUGUGGUUAUGAUCACAGGUGAUACUGCUCUCACUGGUAUCUAUAUCGCUCGUCAAUGUGGCAUGAUCGAAUCUCAUCAACGUGUCCUUUUGGGUGACUUGGUCUCAGGUAGUGUCGUUUGGCACGAUGUUGAUUCUGGAGAACAAGUUGAUGUGGAUGAAGUUAUUCAAGCUGAUACACAUGAAGAACACGAGAAGCGCGUUGAAUUAGCUAUUACUGGACGUGCAUUUGAGGCAUUGAUUUCCCAGGGCAAGAUGCGCAAGUACCUUUUGAUGACUCGUGUAUUUGCUCGUAUGACGCCUAAUGAUAAGGUCAUGUGUAUCCAGUUACAUAUGGAAAAGGGUAUUACCGCCAUGUGCGGAGAUGGUGGUAACGACUGUGGCGCUCUUCGUGCUGCUCAUGUUGGCCUUGCUUUAUCAGAAGCUGAAGCUUCCAUCGUUUCACCAUUUAGCACCAGCAAUCGCUCCAUUAUGCAAUGCGUUGAACUUCUGAGACAAGGUCGCUCUGCCAUUGCUACAAGUUUUGCCAAUUACAAGUUCUUGAUCUUAUAUGGUGAAUGCAUGGCCUUUUGGGAAUUAUGUAUGUUUUACUUUACGGUUAUUUCUCCACAGCCUGUAUGGAUUACCAUUGAUGGUUUUAUCACGACGACCAUGACGUUGGCUAUUACUCAAGCUUUACCUGCAAAGAAAUUAAGCCCUUGUCGCCCAACGGCCAAACCUUUGGGUGCGUAUACCCUAGCCUCUUUGCUCGGUGUCAUCUUUAUCAACUUUUGGUUCCUCGUCUGCAGCAUCGUCUGGCUCUUCCAACAAGACUGGUUCAUCUGUAAUCAAUUCGACAGUUCCGCUAUUGACUCUGCCAAAUGGUGGUUAUUGGGUGAUAAUUAUGAAGCUGAGGUCAUGUCGAUUGUCAUUCUCUUCCAAUUCUUCAACAAUGGUGCUAUUGUCAAUUUUGGAUCACAGUUCCGUCAAUCAUGGUGGAGGAACUAUGCACUUGUGUUUGUCUGGUGCGCCUUCUUCAUUAGCACAAGUUACAUCACACUAGCCGAUCCUAACCCAUACGGCUGCAUCUUCCGUAUCAACUGUGGUUCACCAGAUGCGCUUGUUUCCCUUGGUUACCCAGCACCUACCUGGUAUAUUGACGAUUAUAAUUUCCCGCUUAAACAUAAUGUCCUACCUGUCUGGUUCCGUUGGCAAUUAUGGGGCUACGUUUUGGCAAAUUGCGCCUGCACCAUCAUUUGGGAACGUAUUUGCAUUCUGUGGAUUGCUCGUGACUGGGCAGUCAAACGCAAGACAACUCAUCCUUCAAAAAAUAGAGUUAUUUUCAAGCUUUAAUAUUUAUUAGCAUUCUCUUUAUUGAUGAUUAUUACUACGCACUUACUUAUAUAUACAACAUUCAUUAAUCUUUUUUCUUUUU